AUGGAGCACCCAUCGAGGGUCAAUCGGGAGCUGGCCGAGAGCAGCACCAAGGCAGUCCAACAGGUGUUGGGCGAGAGCAGAGCCUGCAGCAGGCAACCUCAUCAUCGAGGGCUGAGCGUAAGCAGAGCUAGCACCAGCUCGGUAGGGGGGGCAGACUAUCCACAAGCAGUACAGUCCGCAAUCCAGUUGCGGGGAAGUGAUGAAGGUCGCAGCUUAGUUGCGGAGGAUACUGAUGUACAGCAAGAUGAGGUUCCAAAUGAUGAAAUUCAUACUACUCAAGAUGAAACGAAUGAGGAAAUGUUGGGGCGAGGGAAGCGUGUGAAGUUCCUUUCGACAAAACUUUGUGACUAUGUUACGCAUACUAUUCCAAAAAAUAAAGCUCCACCGUUGUCAUCCGCGGAAUCAUCUUCCUCAGGUACUAUUUAUCCUAUAACCUAUUUUCUUAAUUAUGAUCGGUUUUCCUCGAAACAUAGAAACUGUAUUGCUGCAGUAACAGAGGCGCGAAUUCCAAGAACUUUUCAAGAGGCAAUGAGACAUGAAGGGUGGAGAGAUGCAAUGGCAUCCGAGAUUAAGGCCUUAGAAGAUCAAGGUACGUGGACCUUGGAGACACUUCCGAAAGGGAAUAGAGCGCUUGGAAGCAAGUGGGUUUACAUUGAGAAGAGAGAUGAGAAAGGCAAACUGAUUAGAUUAAAAGCUAGAUUGGUAUGUCUUGGAAAUCAUCAAGAGGAAGGCAUAGACUACAAUGAGACAUUUGCUCUCGUGGCAAAGAUGUCAACAGUUUGUACUUUUCUAGUUGUAGCAGCGGUGAAGGACUGGGAAGUGCAUCAAAUGGAUGUACAUAACGCCUUUUUCAUGGAGAUUUGGAGGAGGAGAUUUACAUGA